AUGUCAGAAGUCGCACCUAGCACAGAUGCCACAGCGGCAAAACAAGUGACACAAGAUGCUACAGUCGAGGCUAAAACGUUCACUUGGGUUACCCCGAGUAUCUGGCCGGAUAAUAAGGUGCUGGAUAUAUUGGCGGACCCGAAGGAGGCUGAGAAACUUGAGAAGAUGAGCUCGAAGGAGAUCAAGUAA